AAAGCAACACAGGAGCUUGUGUGACGAUAAUCAAGAAACAAAACAGCACAGCCAUGAACUGGAACAAAGGUGGUCCAGGUAUUAAGCGAGGUUUUGGGUUUGGAGGAUUUUCCCUUGCGGGGAAAAAAGAGGAACCUCAACUUAAUCAAAAGUCUCACACAUCAUUCGGGCCCCCAGGAUCCAGUGGAUAUGGGAAAAACCAGCAGCUUCCAUCCUUCUACAAAAUAGGAACAAAAAGAGCCAAUUUUGAUGAAGAAAAUGCGUAUUUUGAAGACGAUGAAGAAGAGUCCAGCAGCAAUGCGGAUCUGCCGUACAUCCCGGCUGAGAACUCGCCCACACGGCAGCAGAUGCAGUCUGGCGGCGGCUCAGACAGCGAGGACGACCCGCUGGAUGCUUUUAUGGCAGAGGUUGAGAACCAAGCAGCUAAAGACAUGAAGAAACUAGAGGAAAAGGAAAAGGAGAAAAAGUCAGCCAAGGGUAUUCGUGAUGACAUUGAAGAAGAAGAUGAACAAGAAGCCUACUUCCGCUACAUGGCAGAGAACCCCACAGCCGGCCUGACACUAGAGGAAGAUGAAGAGAACAUUGAUUAUGACAGUGAUGGAAACCCGAUUGCACCGACCACAAAGAAAAUCAUCCUACCUCUUCCUCCUAUUGAUCACACUGAGAUUGAUUACCCACCGUUUGAGAAAAACUUCUACAACGAGCACGAGGAGCUCAGCAACCUGACUGGAACUCAAGUGAUCGAGUUAAGGCAGAAACUGAACUUGCGGGUGUCUGGUGCCGCCCCUCCUAAACCUUGCACAAGCUUUGCCCACUUCACCUUUGAUGAGCAGCUGAUGCACCAGAUCCGCAAGUCUGAGUACACUCAGCCCACUCCAAUUCAGUGCCAGGGUGUGCCCAUAGCUCUGUCUGGACGUGACAUGAUUGGUAUCGCCAAAACUGGCAGCGGUAAAACUGCAGCUUUCAUCUGGCCCAUGCUGGUUCACAUCAUAGACCAGAAGGAGCUGGAGCCAGGAGAGGGGCCCAUCGCAGUGAUCGUGUGUCCCACCAGAGAGCUUUGUCAGCAGAUCCACGCAGAAUGUAAGCGUUUCGGGAAAGCCUACUCGUUGCGUUCUGUGGCGGUUUAUGGAGGAGGCAGCAUGUGGGAGCAGGCGAAGGCUCUACAGGAGGGAGCAGAGAUUGUGGUGUGCACACCGGGUCGUCUGAUUGACCACGUUAAAAAGAAAGCCACAUCCCUGCAGAGAGUGUCGUACCUGGUGUUUGAUGAGGCUGAUCGCAUGUUUGAUAUGGGCUUUGAAUAUCAGGUCAGAUCUAUCGCCAGUCACGUCCGCCCAGACAGACAGACUCUUCUGUUCAGCGCUACCUUUCGAAAGAAGAUAGAGAGGCUAGCCAGAGACAUCUUGGUAGACCCUAUUCGUGUGGUGCAGGGAGACAUUGGAGAGGCCAACGAGGAUGUGACCCAGGUGGUGGAGAUGCUUCCCAGCGGCACUGAUAAAUGGGGCUGGCUCACCCGGCGGCUGGUAGAGUUCACCUCCUCUGGCUCAGUCCUCAUCUUCGUCACCAAGAAGGCCAACUCCGAGGAGCUGGCCACUAACCUGACGCAGGAGGGCUACAGCUUGGGCCUCCUGCACGGAGACAUGGACCAGAGUGAGAGGAACAAGGUUAUCAGUGACUUCAAGAAGAAGAAUUUGCCCAUUUUAGUGGCCACCGAUGUAGCAGCUCGAGGUCUGGACAUCCCGUCCAUUCGUACUGUGGUGAACUACGACGUGGCGCGAGACAUCGACACGCACACGCACAGGAUCGGCCGAACCGGUCGCGCCGGAGAGAAAGGUGUGGCUUACACCCUCCUCACCAACAAAGACACCUCAUUCGCUGGUGACCUGGUGAGGAAUCUGGAGGGAGCCAAUCAAUCCGUUUCCAAAGAACUGAUGGAUUUAGCCAUGCAGAAUCCGUGGUUCAGGAAGUCCAGAUUUAAAGGCGGUAAAGGAAAGAAGAUGAAUAUCGGUGGAGGUGGACUUGGUUACAAAGAGAGACCAGGACUGGGGGCUGAAAGCUCCGAACGCAGCAGCAGCAGCAGUAUUUUGUCUUCCACUAGCAGCUACGAAGGUUACAGCAAACCAAACACGGGGGCGAUGGGAGACCGCAUGUCAGCGAUGAAACAAGCCUUCCAGGCUCAGUAUAAGAGUCACUUUGUGGCUGCGUCCAGCGGCCCUCCAAAGCUCACCACCAAAUCCAAUAGCUCAUCAGGUUGGACCAGUGCUGGCAGCCUGAGCUCUGUACCCACAGAGUCCCCCAACGGCUCAGAGCGGUCCCACGCUGCCACCAUGUCCCUGUCAGGCUUCACCAGCGCCGGCACCCUGAGCUCAGUGCCCACCAGUCAGACCAGUCCACAGCAAAGCUUCCCUCCAGUUGCCCCCGCCCCGCUACGAGAUAACUCACGGGACAGACACCAGGAGGACUGGGGUCGCCACGGAGACAGUCACCACCGCCACAGCAGCGACAGGAGCGAACGGCACAGCGGAGACAGCCGCCACGGGGAUCGGGAUCGCCACGGAGACAGAGAUCGCGACCGCUACGGGGAUCGGGAUCGCUACAGUAGCAGCGGCAGCAGCAGUGGCAGCCGCCAUGGCGACAGUCGUAACGGAGACGGGAACAGGAGGGACAGAGAGGACCGACGGAGUGAGAGGGAUGGAGGGGAAGGGAGGGGGGACAGAGGAGAUGAUAGCUUCGCUGUUCCCGAACCGCCAAAACGUAGAAAGAGCAGGUGGGACAACUAAAAAUAAAUAAAAACACAUAAAAAAAUCAACACAAUCGAUUAAAUAAUUGCUCCAUGACGAGCUUGUCUAUUGUAGGCAGGAAGCAGAACAUAUCAGAAGCCCUGACACAAGCACAGGACGUUGUUAGAGAGGGGGGUUUUUGUGGACUUUUGGAGAAAUGAGACUCUGCUGUUAGGUUGGUUAGGACCUUAUGAGUCCGACAGAGUUUGUAGACAGAUGAACACGAGCAACUCAGAGACAGCCACUGUACAUACAUCAUCAAGAUUGUUUUUUGUUGUUGUAAGUCAUUAGGAUAAAGCUAAAAGAGCUGUAAUGAAUUCUGCUGUCAGUAAAAUAAUUUCCAAAGGAUGUUUUUGGUUGUCGUCUUGUUUCUUCUCGCAGAACUAACACGCUUUCGUGCUCGCAAAACCGGACUUUUUUUUUUUUUUUUGUCCAAUUAAUCUAAUGGAUCUUUGCCAAGUGUUUGUGUAUUUGCAUUUCGUUCAUCUACAAAAUCUACAAAGCUAACUCUUACAAACUGUUUCAUUAUUUGAAAGGGCGGCAGCAGCGGCUCUGUGAUGAUUCACAUUGAUAGAUGUCAAUAAAAGUUAUAGGUCUUAUUGUGUCUUGUAUUCAAGUCUUUAGUGAAGUGCCUUUCCCUGGCAUUUAGUCUAUGCUUUUGAAAUGUUUUUUCAAGAAGAUGCGUAAUGUUUGUGUGAGGAGUUUCUCGCUUUCAGUCAAACUCGGAUAAUGUGAAGUUUUGAUUAAAAAGACUUUGGCAUCUA